GAUUUUAUAAUGGAUAGCUUAUUGUUAAAAAAAUUAGCAAGGGGAAAAUGCUGGCUCUUGAUCGUGGCUACGUGGCGAGAAGAGCGAGGAAGAGAGCGCCGGGCAGUGAAGCCACUGAUGCGGGUGAUGCGUCCACAUCUUCUUCUCCCAUCUCCCUCUUCGCAUCCUUUCCGCAGCACAGGCAGUCCAGCACCACCCCAGCACUCUCACUCUCUCUCUCUGACGGUUGAAUCCUGCCCUUCACCAUUCCCUAAUCCCUCGAACAUGCCCAUUCUGAGCCUCGCUUAGUUUCCAGACCUCUUUAUUUUUCAUGGCCUCUUCAUCAUGUAUUGAAAUCGAUCGGCUUGGAAUCAUUCCUCUUUCUAUAACUACUCUCUGCGCCUGUCAAUCUCGCCCUUCUGCCAAAACUCUACUCCUCACUCGACCCACUUCGAAUUUGAGUCUCAGAGUUGUAUUCAAUGGGUCGAAGGGAAUUUUUGGGAUUCAAGGUGUUAUUCCGGUGCAUAAGCGUUUAGUUACGGCCGUGGCGAGGGCUGAGCCGGACGGGAUUCGCGAAGGAGACAUCAAAGAGGAUGCCGCAAUCUUGGAGCCUCAACAAAGAGCAAGCCAGUUGAAGGAAAGGGUUGUUUUUGGACUUGGCAUUGGAAUUACAGUUGGAGGCGUUGUGUUGGCUGGAGGGUGGGUUUUCUCUAUUGCCUUGGCAGCUGCUGUUUUUGUCAGUGCACGGGAAUACUUUGAGCUGGUUAGGAGUCGUGGAAUUGCUGCAGGGAUGACGCCGCCUCCUCGAUAUGUGUCACGAGUUUGCUCUGUCAUCUGUGCUCUUAUGCCGAUCCUCGCCUUGUACUUUGGUCAUAUUGAUGUUUCUGUGACAUCUGCGGCUUUUGUUGUUGCUAUGGCAUUGCUUUUACAGAGAGGAAAUCCUCGCUUUGCUCAGCUUAGUAGUACCAUGUUUGGACUAUUUUAUUGUGGUUAUCUUCCUUGUUUCUGGGUUAAGCUUCGAUGUGGUUUAGCAGUCCCAGCCUUAAAUACCAGAAUAGGAACAGCAUGGCCCAUUCUUUUUGGUGGUCAAGCUCAUUGGACAGUUGGUCUUGUGGCAACCUUGAUUUCUUUCAGCAGCAUAAUUGCGGCAGAUACAUAUGCUUUUCUUGGUGGCAAGGCAUUUGGUCGGACACCACUUACUAAUGUUAGUCCAAAGAAAACUUGGGAGGGAGCUAUUGCAGGUUUAGGUGGUUGUAUAGCCACUUCAGUUCUGUUAUCUAAGAUCUUUUCCUGGCCAACAUCAUUGCCAAGUGCGGUUGCUUUCGGGUUUCUACAUUUCUUUGGUUCUCUUUUUGGUGAUCUCACUGAGUCAAUGAUCAAACGUGAUGCAGGUGUUAAGGACUCCGGGUCCCUUAUUCCUGGACAUGGUGGAAUAUUAGACAGGGUAGACAGCUAUGUGUUCACAGGCGCGCUUGCUUAUUCCUUCGUCAAAACCUUCUUGCCGCUUUAUGGUGUUUGACUGCAAAAAGUGAAAAAUAUAAAGUGGGAGGUUUUCUUGUAUUCUCCAUUUGUCAGUGUAGGGGGAAAUUCAAGCUUUAUAAUGACUAAUGAACUUGGGCAGUAAAGCAGAUGAAAGAAAUUGUGGUUUGAUCUCUUGGAGGGAAUGGAGAUGACAUUUGCAGUUCUGACCUUGUCUGGGUAAUCUCACCUCAAUCCCAGUACAAGAGAGACCUUUUCUACAUGGGAUCAAUUAUGCUUGGGGCUGUCAGACUAGGGGGAUUGCGUUGACAUGGACUAGUGGAUCUGUGCAAUGGGUCAUUUCCUAUCCCUUCCCUUCCCUUCAAAUUAUAGAUUUGUUGACAAUGCCAAAAUCUGCUUGUUUAUUGUCAAGUAUUCCUUUUUAGCAACAAGAAUAAAUUAUUAAAGAGAAAACCGUCAUUCCCCCCCCCUCUUCCCUAUUUUAUCAGUUCCUGUGGUUGGAUCCUCAACUUAGCCAAGAUGAUUUGAUGACUAUAACGUUUUCAUGGGUUUGAAAUCCUAAUUGAAAUGGAUUUUCCUUUUUAAUGUAUGGUCAGUACUUUGGAAAGUCUAAAAUUGGAUAUUUUUCGACUCC